AUGAACGAUGCAGCGCAUCCGCCUCGGCGGUUCACACGCGCAGAGCCGUCUAGCUCUGCACCUAUAGGAGGUGGUGUACCCACCUCUAUCACCGAGGACCCUCUCCUGAACGGCGCAAUUGCGAGCCUGCUGCCCAGCAACUACAAUUUCGAGAUUCACAAGACCAUUUACCAGAUUCGCAAGUAUGAAGCGCAGUGUGUGGCGCUGCAGAUGCCUGAAGGUCUCACGCUCUGGGCGACAGCCAUUUCCGACAUUGUGGAACGUUUCACUGAUGCGACAACAGUCAUUAUGGGCGACGUCACGUACGGUGCGUGCUGUGUCGACGACUACACGGCCAUGGGCCUGGGGUGCGACAUGCUAGUGCACUACGGCCACAGCUGCCUUGUGCCUGUCGACCAAACCAUGAUCCGCACGCUUUACAUCUUUGUCGAGAUCCGCAUUGAUACCGAGCACCUGCUGCAGACUGUCCGCGCCAACUUCCCCAGCGACCGCACGGCAUUCCAGCGUACGGUGCUAACCUCGCCGGAGGAGCGCAAUGCGCCGCCCACGCUGACGGUCGAAGUGUCGAGUGAGAACGAGACGCCGACGCACCUGGCGCUCGUUGGAACGAUCCAGUUCAUUGCUGCGAUCCAGGACAUCCGCACGCGCCUCGCGCAAGGCGACGCCGAUGCCAAGGCCGAGCCGCUGGCGAUUGAAGGCGGCGAGGUGGCGCCGGAUGCACUGGUGCGCCACGUCGACCGCUCGUCGCAGCGCUACCACAUCACCGUCCCCCAGAUCAAGCCGCUGAGCCCGGGCGAGAUCCUGGGCUGCACCUCGCCGAAGCUCGAUGCGAACAAGAUCGAUGCGAUUCUCUAUGUGGGCGACGGCCGCUUCCAUCUUGAGUCGAUCAUGAUUGCAAACCCCCGCAUCCCCGCCUUCCGCUACGAUCCGUACACAAAGCGUCUCCAGCGCGAGCUGUACGACCACCCGGCGAUGCGCCGCCUUCGGCACGCUGCCAUUGACGAGGCCCAGUCGACGCUGACGCCCGUCGCUCGUGUGCGCGAGCUCGAGGCGCCGGCGCCCCACCCCGUGGCGGGCACCACCGAGACGGUCCCGUCGGAUACCCCUGGGUGGGGCCUUGUGCUUGGUACGCUGGGACGACAGGGCAGCACGCAGGUGCUCGACUAUCUUGCGGAUACGCUGCAUGCGCGCGAUCCCAACCUGUCGCACGUCCCUAUCCUCCUUUCGGAACUGUCUCCCCAAAAAGUGGGCCUCUUUGGCGACCACCUCAAUGUCUUUGUGCAAACGUCCUGCCCCCGUCUCUCGAUUGACUGGGGUUCUGCGUUCCCCAAGCCGCUGCUCAGCCCCUACGAGGCGGCCGCUGCGCUCGGCCGUGCGCCGCUGUGGUCGACGACCGAGUCGGACCUGGGCCUGAUCCGCUACCCCAAAGGGCGCUCGGAGGGCGACCAAGAGACCAAAGACUAUCCUAUGGACUUUUACGCCAAUGCAUCCCUCGGCCCAUGGACGCCCCGCCACGGCCUUGGCGUCGUCAAAAAGAGCGGGCGCAGCAACCGCGCACUGCUCCAGUCCCUCGGCAUCCGUGCGCGGCCGCCCGCGAAGGAGCAAGAACGUGGAGGUGUUAGCACAUAG